AAAGAAAAAAAGAGAGAGAGAGAAUAACCCGGAGUCGGCAGCGGCGGCGGCGGCGGCGGCGGCGGCGACGAAUCUAGCAGGCGCGACGAAAGCGGCGGCCAUGGCGGCGGCGGUCGAGAGCGUGGUGGUGGUCCACAACGUGGCGAAGCGGCACAACGUGGGGACGCUGGCGCGGAGCGCGACGGCGUUCGGCGUCGCGGAGGUGGUCGUCGUCGGGCGCCGCGACGUCAGCGCCUUCGGCAGCCACGGCGCCACCUCGCACCUCCGCUUCCGCCACUUCGCCUCGCUCGCCCUCGCCCGCGCCUACCUCAAGGAUGAAAGAGGUUGUGACAUUUGCGGUGUUGAGAUCACCGAGGACGCGCAGCCGGUGACCGCUCACCCGUUCCGUCGGAGCACCGCAUUCCUGUUCGGCAAUGAGGGUACAGGACUCUCACAAAAAGAGUGUGAGAUCUGUGACUUCUUUGUCUACAUCCCUCAGUAUGGUGGUGGAACAGCAUCUCUCAAUGUUACAGUUGCAGCUUCAAUCGUUCUCCACCACUUUGCAGUCUGGGCUGGCUUUCCUGAACGAGGCAGAGAGGGCAACAAAUUCAUCGUAGCUGAUAGACCACAGGGGCACUCAAGGGGGCUUUACUGUACGGAUUCAAUUGAAGCAGUGAUUGAAGAGCGGAAAAUGCGAAAAGAAAAUGCAUGUGAUAUACUUGAGGAAAAUGGAAGCAGCCAUCCUCAAGAAUCAAAUGGCCUAGAUUUGAUGUUUACAGACUAGGCUUAUGACUAGAUGACGUUGCUACAUCAUGGUAGUUGAGUCAAGUCACAGGUUUGGGUUGAUGGAGCAAAUUUGCAAGACGACAACGCAUAACAGAAAUGCUUUUCCAAGGCCAAGAGUAGAACAUGCAUUUUUUCCAACCUUGGCAUGGAGCCGAAAGGGUGCACUGAGCUUUUGGGAAGCCAGCAGGCGCGAGUGUACCUCGAAACCAAGGACGUGGAUAAAGCUCUGUUUCACUCAGAUUGUUCGCCUUUUAUGUUGUAUAAAACAAGAUGUGGUGGCUGCUAUCAGAAUUCCUCUGUUGUAAUGUAGCCUUGAAGGCGGUUGAUACCUGACAUAUGACUACCUCACUUCGCAGGAAGUUGGAUGGUAGACUACAAUGGUUAUUUUUCAACAUUAGCCCUUGGAUCAUCUAGUCUUUGUUAUACCUCAAUACGACAAAGAUAGGUGAGAUGCCCUUCAGCUGUUGACAUUUUCGGAUGGUAUAUUGUUCAGCAUUAAUUUAGGGCAAUUUGUCUUGCAACCUUAAGAAAAUUAACAGAUAAUGCUAUGGAGUUUUUUUUA